UAUCACAACAUCUACAAUUACUUCCAUCCAACACACCCUCAAACAUGACCACGAACACCCCAAAAACAAUGCAAGCGCAACUCCUCUCAUCCUACAACACCCCCUACACCCUCCUCACCGUCCCCAUCCCCCAGCCCUCACACCCCCACGACAUCCUCAUCAAAGUCACCGCCGCCUCCUACUGCCACACCGACCUCGUCCUCGCCUCGGGUCAGAUGCCCGGCCUCCCGCCGUCGUUCCCCCACAUCGGCUGCCACGAGUUCGCCGGCACCGUAGUAUCGCACUUCUCCUCCCCAAGCGCCCAAGCCCGCUCGUUCGCCAUCGGCGACAGAGUCGGGGUCCCCGGGCGUGCGUUCCACGCCUGCGGAUCGUGCUUUGAGUGCCAGGGUGAGGCGGGGUCGCGGGAUCCGGUGGCGCGGGACGACGAGGGGUACUCUGUGCACUGCGUGAAUGCGGGGAACAAUGGGUUGAGUAGAGACGGCGGGUUUGCGGAGUACGCGGUCGUGGAUGCGAGGCAGAUUGCACCCGUGCCGGAGGAUGUGUCGGCGGUCGAAGCGGCGCCGUUGAUGUGUGCGGGGGUGACGAUUUAUGCGGCGCUCAAGCGGGCGAGGUUGGAGGUGGGUGAAAGGGUGGGGAUUAUGGGGGCGGGAGGUGGACUGGGGCAUCUGGGGUUGCAGUAUGCGGGAAAGAUGGGGUUCAGGGUAUUGGGGGUGGAUGCAGCGGACGCGCCGCUGAAGCUGGCGAGGAGUCUGGAGACGGGGGCGAGGAUCGUUGAUGCUCGGGCUGAGAAAGCUACGGAUGUUGUGCAGCAGAUUGGAGCAGAGGAUGGGAAACAAGACGUUGGUGAAAUGGGCUUGGAUGCGGUGAUUAUCCUUCCAGAGAGCCAGCAGGCGUUCGAUUACGGCAUGACGCUGCUAAAGACUCAUGGGAAAUGCGUGGUCGUCUCCUUUCCUGAAAAGGGGUUCCAUAUCUCUUCGCGAGAUAUAGUCUUCCGCGAUAUCUCGAUAUUCGGGUCUUUGGUAGGGAGCAAUCGGAUGCUACGGGAGAUGCUCAACUUCUCGGCUGAACAUGGAAUCCGAGCACUCACCAAGUCCUUUCCUUUGGCGAAGCUGAAUGAGCUGGUCGAGGAGUACCACAAAGGUGGUGGAGGGAAAUUGGUCAUAGAUCUUGCUCUUGAGUAAUUGUAUAAUUACCCCAGGUAGUGGCAUAGUGAUUGAAAGCGUACGCCAACUCCAGGUACCUGCACGGAUCGAAUUCCCUAUCCAUCAGGCUCAUUCAGCUUCGACCAUAUCCGCAUAUAGGUUAAGAGCAUUUCCGAUUACAUCGACAAUGGCCCAUGUCUGUGCACCUCUGAAGAUUGUUGCCCACACCCUGAGCACUCCAGCACUCAGGUGCUUCGUGUAUCCCGGAGAAUCCUCCGUGAUGUUGGCCGGUAAGGCAAACUCCGUUUCGUCGAGCAUGCCCCUCACAAUAGCGGCUAUCCUGCGCUCGUCCUCGGAUAUAGGUGGGUCGGGGUUGGGGAAGGAUAGGGCUUCCAGCCACUUGCUCAAUAAUGACGCGCAUUCCAGGGUGCACAGAGAAUGUUGGAUAGACCAUAUGAAAAAUUGCGUCUUCGCGACGAGUCUGUAUCCGAUUUUGAUGGGAAUACUGAGCGCGUGCGCUGAGUGAAGAACAGCUCGC